AUGCCAGAUAAACUAUCUUAUAAAAUCCAAUUCGGUGACACAUAUGGAGUGGUGAAUCCAGCAAUGUUACAUGCGCAUUUGACGCUCUUGAGAAAAUUCAAAAUGUUGGAGCAAUCGGAUAAAUGUUUUGAUGCGAGAUAUUUAUUACGUGCACAGGAACGUUAUGUACUUUGGCUGGAUUUACUGCGUACUCAAAACUUUGACCAAGAAGUUGUGCCAAUUCCGCCCCUAGUUCCUGUUAAUUUUAUUGAACUAUUAAAUAAUUUCUAUUCUCUUAUUAAGUACGAAAUUUGGGAAAGCAAUGGUAGUCAUAUUGAUCCUGCAUCUGAACGUAUUUGGACGGAAAAGACUAAACAGCCAUGGGUUCUUAAUCCAAAUGACAGUUCUGAUUUUAAGAUAACUUGCCCUUGGUGUAAAUCAAACAUACAUAUGCAGUGGGAGAAAUACGUAAAAUUAAUGCAAACUUCUGACGCAAAUGAAAAUUGCCCAAUAUGUUACGCUCAACAUUCUAUUGAAACCCUAAGCGCCAAACGAUUUAUUGAUGAUAUUAGUGCCUGGAAUAAGGAUAAAUCCAAACUGAUUGGUGGCACUCUAAUCGAUCGUAAAGAUGGCUCAUAUUCGGAAGAGCUCUCGAUUAGAAGAUCUCAAUUAUUAUUCACUGCUAAUAUCAUUGAUGUAUUAACAAAUUGUGAUAGAUAUGAAUGGGUGCACAUAACUGAACAACUCAAUUUACAGAUUAAAAAUGUGAAGGAAGAAAUUAUUCAGCGUGUUAUAUCUGCCUAUAGUGGAAUUCCAUUGCCGUUCUCAAUCGAUCUUGUUAGUGCUGUGCAUCGGCAGCGUAGAUUUACUGAAAAGAUAGUUAAAAAUAAGUGGAUUGAUCGUUUAGAAGUUCAAGAAAACUCUAUAACACGUUAUCUAAAAUUCUUAUCAUUGAUAAAGGAGAAGUCAAAUAUUUUUCUUGUACCUACGUUUGAUAUCGACCUUUGUUGGCACACUCAUCAGCUCCAUGCGUCAUUUUAUCGUUCAUUUACUAAAAAGCACAUCGGUCGAAUCAUUAAUCAUGAUGAUACGUCACCCAAGGAGCUGUUAUUGAUUAAUUUUGAAGCCACAGCCCAAGCUUGGAAUAAGAAGUAUCACGAGCCAUAUGCAUUGUAUCCACAUGGUGAAGAACCUUGUGGAGGAGAAAGCUGCCAAGAAAAUUGCCAAAAUUGUCAACAAUGUAGACAAGAUUGUGAUGUUGAAGCAUGUUAUUGUGAUUAG